CUUCCUUCCAAUUCCCCAGUCGCCGGCCCUUCUUAGUGCUGCCUCCUCGCGGAUCUGCUUCUAGAAGCUAGCCGCCCUGUUACCCACCAGCCCUCCCCGGUAAAACUUCCACUGCCUUUGCAAUCUUUCCGGUCCUCGGUCCCAUCUACCAUCUACCCGCAGUACUCAGGUCCGACGUUGACUUCCUCCUUUGCCCCCCUCCCAUGGUCUUUUCCAUAAGAAAGAACAAUCGAAGUCGAUCGAGUUCGCUUGCCCUCAGUCCCUACGCAUCCUGUCCGGAUUUCCAUCAUGUCGAACACCAUCGGCUCAGCAUGGCGGUCCUUCUGGCAUACGAUGACUUCUUAUGAUCGCCAUGCAUCCCAUGACUCGCCAUAUCGGACGGGUAGGCAUGUGCCUCUGAGCCAAAGUCGACACGAGCCUCUCACAUCCAUUGCAACAAGCGCUAUCGAAUCUCGACCGGAUCUGACCUCUCCGUAUGACGAUGACCAGCUGAAAGGCGCAAACGGCUGGUCUGGCUCCCCUACAGGGGCUGGCUCACCCAGUCGCCCAUACUCCCCUGGCAUGCGAUCCAUGUCGUCUCAGAAGCGCCAAUCCGCGGACCCCAAUGCGGACGGGAUCCCGGAGAUUCAGAUGCAGAGUUUCCACGAUGGUGCUCCGCCCCCUCCACCAAUCGCUCAUUCGUGGAGGAAAAUUGAAAAAUGGUUGGAGAAUAAUUACACAGAGCUUUGGGAUAAUCUAUGCGAGGGUUGUACCCAAAAUGACAUCAACGAACUGGAGCAUGAAUUGGACUGCAGCCUGCCAUUGGAACUGCGGGAGUCCCUGAUGGUUCAUGACGGUCAGGAGCGUGGGGGUCUUCCCACCGGUGUCAUCUUUGGCUGUAUGCUCUUGGACUGCGAGGAGAUUGUUCAAGAAUGGAAGAACUGGAGGACAGUCAAUGAGGAAUUCUUGAGCUCAGCUAUGAUGAACCCUCCCCCCCCGAAAACCACUCCCAGUUCUUCGUCUGCCGCGCCGCCUGCCCAGAAUUCCAACCCCAUGUGGAGAAAUGACUUGCUCGAGCGACAGGACUCGCAGCCCCCGGGUGCGGUCCAGAAGGCCUAUGCCCACCCUGCUUGGAUACCUUUGGCCCGCGACUGGGGCGGCAACCAUGUCGCUAUCGACUUGGCCCCAGGGCCUGCUGGAAAGUGGGGUCAGGUUAUCAUCUUCGGUCGGGACUACGAUUGUAAAUACGUUGUCGCUCGGUCCUGGGCUGCCUUCCUCGCUACGCUAGCGGAUGACAUCUGCAGUGGCAAGGUCUCUGUGGAUGAGGAAACGAGUGAGAUGAAGCUUUUGGAGUUCAAGUCGCAAAAUGUGGAACCCCCUUACUUGGAAAUCCUACGGUGGAGAACAGAUCAAAAGUAUGGCAGGAGACCACCUAGGCGCAAGGCUGCGAACGGUCUGGGCUUAAGUACGGGCGGCAAGAUGGGUAAGGAAUCGCCGUAUGGCAGUCCGACGCCUAGUGAAGAGCGUGGAAGGUCGCCGCAUCGGUUCCCAAAUCGUGGGUCUACCCAGAGCCCUAAGACUCAGUUUGGCAUCUCGAGUCCGCUGGCUCGUGUUACAGAGGAGGCAACAAGUCCUGUGCAAACCAUUGAGGAAGCUGAGGCCCCAGAGCAGGCGGCCAAUGAGAACGAAGAAGAGCCCUCGUCAGAUGACUUGAUGGAGGUAGCAACUCCUCGAAUCACUGGAAAGGAGAAUGACGGAGUUGCAAAGAACGAGGAAGGCCACCAGUCAUUGGAAUCAGACAAGGCGCAAAAGCGUGGAUCGAAUCAGCCGACCCCGGCCACUGGCUUGGACGCCGAGGCCUUGGGUGAAAUGAAAAAUGUGGUGAUCUAGAUCUCGUUUUGAGCGGUUGUCGCUUUACUCCUUUUCCCGGCUCGCCCAUUUCAUCUGUAUCAUGAGCACCUUGCUUUUGCGUUCUAAUGAGGAGUUUUCUGAC